GAUCAUCUCGAGCCCUUUAUCUAUAUCGUUCAUUUCGUUCUUUCACGGCAUUUUGAAUUCGGAAGAGACUUAUGUUUUGAGCUUAUACAAGAAUCGUCCAUCAAUUCGGCUUAUCAGACUAAAGGAGGAAGUCUUGCUCAUACCUUCGCAUCCAAACGGCCAUUGAUUGCCACUCAAGCUAUUCUAAUGACAUUGCAUGGCAUGGAAAGGGACUCUUCAACACCUAGCUGGCUGACCACUGUUGACUUUUUUGAACCUUCUUGUUGGUCCGACUAUCCUACUUCGUCCGAUAUCCUCCCUGCGUCCAUCUUAUUGCGUCCCGGAAUGCAAGACUUUUUUGAUAGAUAUGGUUCCGCGCUUGCCAAUAUUGCUAGUGCGUGUGGGAAUGGUGUUGGUCGAAUGUCGAUCUUCGACGAACAAUGGUCCUGGGCACGUUUGAACCCUUCUUAUGAAGAGUCGCACAAUUAUAUUAGGCAAAAACGCCUCGAGGUUGGAAACGUAGGGUAUCCGACGAAUUUGAUAUCCCAAAUCAACCUCUUGCAGACUUGCUUCAUGUCAUGGCCGAGGUGUCACCAUCCUUCCUUGCCUGUAGCCGAAGACGUUGACAUGCUUUUGCAAGGCGUAGUCCAUGUGGAACCAUCCAUUGGGGAUGUUGCA